AUGGCUGGCGCGGAGCCCCUGAAGGGGGCCCUUAUAGGUGCAACCAGACAACAAUCGGUCAGUAUUGUUGUUACGAAUCCUUUUGGCCUUGUGGUCAAGAGGGUUGUGGCCGUAAGGCCACUGACGGCUGCGGGGCUGGUUGCCCCCGAAGCCCCUCUGGGGGCCAGGCUGGGCUAUGGAGCCCGCCCUGGUCCUUCCAGAGUGGCCGGCGCGGAGCCCCCUGAAGGGGGGCCCCUUAUAGGUGCAACCAGACAACAACAGGUUAGUAUUGUUGUUACGAAUCCUUUUGGCCUUGUGGUCAAGAGGGUUGUGGCCGUAAGGCCACUGACGGCUGCGGGGCUGGUUGCCCCCGAAGCCCCUCUGGGGGCCAGUCCGUUACAAUAG